AUGAAGUUUGGAAAACGUCUUCAGGAGGAGAUGGUGGAGCAGUGGGGUGACUCCUACGUCAACUACAAGGCACUCAAGCGGUUCAUCUCCCACUCAGAGUUGAGUGGAGUUGAGUUCAGUCGUGAUUUUUUUACCAUGGUGGCGGAGGAGCUGGAGAAGGCUGAGACUUUGUUUAAGGAGCUACUGGAGCAGCUACAACAAAGCCAUGACGAGUUACUUGAGCAGGAUCCGAACAUGCCACUUAUUCACCCAAUAACCCCUGGCCGAUUUUAUCGGAAGCGUCUUCACCGUGGCGUGCGUUCUGCAAACGAGAGUGGAGACUCGGAGACGUUUGACAGCUCCAGGGCAAGUUCCGUGGCGGAGACCGCGGUGACGCGGAGACGAUGUAUUCCUGCCGUCGUCCAAAAUUUUUUUUGUUCAUUAUUGGGGAUUCUCAGAAGCGGGAGUUUGAUGAGCAUGCCCCAAGAGCCAAGUUUGCGGAGUGGCAUUCGAGUGCGUACAAGCUUCAGCACUUUGCAGAGUUAA